UAUAGAGGACUCUCCGCCGGCACGGUCACUUGAACCAGUAGCCGAGUACAACGCCACACGCUCGUCACCAGGAGGCCGCCAACCGGCACCAUGGGCGCGGGCAACAACAAGCGGGGACACCCUCUCCUGAGGGGUGGGAGCGCGAAGAGGGAGCGGUACACGCACGGCUUCUCGGCGUCCCAGAUGGCCGCGCUCACCGCCCUCUGCGGCGCGCUGGUGCCGUCCCUGCCGCCGGCGGACCGCCGGAACGGUCACCACCACAACCCGCAGCCUGAGGAGGACGGCGGCAGCAGCAAGGUCGUGGAGGAGUUCCUCCUCGCGUCGGCCGCCGACCCGCCCGUGCCCGGCGAGGUGGCCGAGCUGAUGUCGCGCAAGUGCCUCCCCGAGGCGCUGGCUCUGGUGCGCGCGGUGCUGUGGCUGCUGGGCACGCGGCUCGGCUCGCUGGCGCUGUGCGGGGCGCGGUGCCUGUCGUGGCGGUUCCCGUUCGUGCGCCGGUUCGACGAGCUGCCCCUGGAGCACCGGGAGGCCGCGCUCCGGCGGUGGAGCCGGCUGACCCUGCUCCCGCCGCUGCGCAUGUUCUUCCUCAUCACCAAGGUCUUCUGCCUCUACGUUUUCUACUCCUGGACCGACGAGAACUCAAAGAAUCCGCACUGGCGCGCGAUCGGGUACAGCCCGCCCCCGGCGGACGACGAGCCGGCGCCGGCGGAAUCAGAACGUCCCGAGAAGCGUCCCCUGGACGACGGCAUCGUUGAGACGAACAAGGAGAACGACGCGUCCCUGCCCGCGUUGCUAGCCGAGAAGGGCCUCAGGGUGGCCGAUGACGCGGCGCGGAACGUGUGCAGGGUCGAGUGCGACGUCGUCAUCGUCGGGUCCGGCUGCGGCGGGGGCGUGGCGGCAGCGGUGCUCGCGGCGGCGGGGCACAAGGUGGUCGUCAUCGAGAAGGGGAACUACUUCACGGCGCGGGAUUACACGGCCAUCGAGGCGCCGUCGAUGGAGCACCUCUACGAGGGCGGAGGGUUCGUCAGCACGCUCAGCGCCAGCGCGCUGCUCCUGGCAGGCUCGACGGUCGGCGGCGGCACGGCGGUCAACUGGUCGGCCUGCAUCAAGACCCCCGACGACGUUCGCGGGGAGUGGGCGCGCGACCGGGGGCUCCCGCUGUUCGCCACCGGCGAGUACGCCGCCGCCAUGGACAAGGUGUUCGAGCGGCUCGGCGUGACGGCCGGUUGUGCGGAGGAGGGGCUCCAGAACAAGGUCCUCCGCAAGGGGUGCGAGAGGCUCGGGUACAAGGUGGAGUCGGUGUCGAGGAACUCGUCGGAGGGGCACUACUGCGGCAGCUGCGGCUACGGCUGCCGCACCGGCGACAAGCGCGGCACGGACAGCACGUGGCUCGUCGACGCGGUGAGCCGCGGCGCGGUGAUCCUGACGGGGUGCAAGGCCGAGAAGCUGCUGCUGGAGCCUGGCAGUGCCGCGGACGGCAGGGCGAAGCGAUGCGUCGGCGUGGUGGCGAGGAGCACCAACCCGGCGAUCACGAGGACGCUGGAGGUGACCGCCAGGGUGACAGUCUCGGCGUGCGGGUCUCUCCUGACGCCGGUGCUGCUGCGCGGGAGCGGGCUCCGCAACCGGCAUAUCGGGAAGAACCUCCACCUCCACCCGACGGCCCUGGUGUGGGGCUACUUCCCGGACACCGUGCCGGACCUCAGGGGCAGGAUGUACGAGGGCGGCAUCAUCACGUCCCUGCACAAGGUGGAAGGCGGCGGUCCGGGCGCGCCGGCCCGCGCCAUCCUCGAGGCGCCGGCGAUGGGCCUGGCCGGCGCGGGGACGCAGUUCCCCUGGGUGUCCGGGCGCGACAUGAAGGAGCGGAUGCUCAGGUACGGGCGCACGGUGCACCUCUUCUCCAUGGUGAGGGACCGCGGGUCCGGCACCGUGCACGGCGAGCGGCGGGUGGCGUACCACCUGGACGCCACGGACCGGGAGAACAUGCGCGACGGCAUGCGGCGCGCGCUGCGCGUCCUGGCCGCGGCGGGCGCGGCGGAGAUCGGCACCCACCGCAGCGACGGGCAGCGGUUCGCGUGCGGGGGCGCCACGGAGGCCGCGCUGGAGGAGUUCCUGGACGGCGUGGACGUGGUGCGCGGGCCCCAGUCGAAGGCCGAGGCGUGGACCCUGUGCUGCACCGCGCACCAGAUGGGCAGCUGCCGGAUGGGCGCCACGGCCCGGGACGGCGCCGUGGACGCGCGCGGCGAGAGCUGGGAGGCCGGGAGCCUGUACGUGUGCGACGGCAGCGUCCUGCCCGGCGCCGUGGGCGUCAACCCUAUGGUCACCAUCCAGUCCGUGGCCUACUGCCUCGCCACGGGCAUCGCCGAGUCGCUCAGGCGCGGCCCGGUUUCACGAAAGGAUUGAGACUCUAUUUGGAUAUGCACGUAUAUAUCCACAUCAAUUUAUUUCAAUUUACGUGUGUUAAAGUGGAUUUCACGAAAGGAAUUGCUGCAGAAUAGGUCUGCAGCGGUUCACUGUUCGUGUGCUGGAGAAUAAUAAGAAAUGGAAGUGAGACAAAUCUAUCUUU